AUGCCACACCGAGCCGUGAUUAAGCAAGAUAGAGAUACAACGAAAGUAAGAGUUGUAUUUGACGCAUCCUCUAGUGCCUCUGGCGAGCCAUCCCUUAAUGAUGUCGUUCACGUGGGACCAAACUUGAACCCAGAGAUUCUACACCUUUUGAUAAAGUUUCGUAGCGAAGCUGUGGCUCUGGUCGCCGACAUUGAAAAGGCUUUCUUGCAAAUCAGCUUACCUGAACGGGAUCGUGACGCGUUGCGGUUUUUGUGGUACGUGACAACACCGAAGAUAGGACAACCUCUUCCCGCGAUCGAAGUCCUAAGGAUGACUCGGGUGCCAUUUGGGGCGGCUGGUAGCCCAUUUCUUCUCGCCGCAACCAUACGCUAUCACUUCCGGAGGAUGUCCGAUAUGUACCCAGAUACCUGCAAGCUCCUAGCCGAGAGUUUUUACGUCGACUAUUUGGCAACCAGUAUCAGUACAGUUCAAGAGGCGAAACGCCUUUGGAAAGAAUCGGUUGACAUUCUUGAAGACUGCGGCAUGCGACUUCGGAAAUGGAGAACAAAUGAUGAACUGUUACGUGGAAUGUUUCGGGACCUAUAUAACGGCGACGACUCUAUCCGACAGACUGAGACGAAGGUACUGGGUCUUAUUUCGGACACUGACUCAGACGCUCUAAGGAUAUCUUUGAAAUCCGUGCUGGAAUUCUUACACACCGCGCAUGAUACCAAACGAACAGUACUUCAAGCCACAGCGCGGGUCUUCGAUCCACUCGGAUUUCUAGCACCGUUUGUUAUCACGGCGAAGGUCAUGUUCCAGCGACUUUGGCAGAAGGGAAUACGUUGGGACGAAGUUCUCCCACCUGACAUACUUGAAGACUGGCACUCUUGGUGUCGCGAGCUUCCCAAAGCCAAUGAUUUGUGCAUUCCCAGAAGGAUAAAGCGCACGGGGACAGUCCGACAACAAACGCUUCAUGUAUUCUGCGACGCUAGCCCGCAAGCUUACGGAGCCGUCAUCUACGUCAGAACAAUACAGGAAAGCAGCCUGUGCACAGUUCGUUUAGUCGUGGCAAAGUCUAGAGUUGCUCCUUCGAAGACGGUUUCUCUCCCACGCCGGAACUGCUGGGGGCGUUACUGA